AAAGUGCAAUUUUUAUUUGUUUACCGGUGAUAAAUUCGCGUAAACGUUAUCGUAAUUAUUAAUCAAUAAGUACAAACACUUCUUGGAAACAAGUGCAGUUUGCACAAAUCGCUCAGCGCUUUAGUCAAUAAAUGAAGAUUUAUUUAUUAUUUCUCUUGAAUAAGUGAAAUAUUUCGUUACAUAACCUGCAAUGGCAGCAAAAGGAAUACUUGUCGGUGGAGGCACCGGCUUUGUCGGCAAAAGACUGGGUGAGCUUUUAGUGUCUAAAGGUUUCAAUGUGACUAACAUCUCGAGAAUGCCGGCGGCUAAGAAUAUAUCGUGGACACACCUGGACGAGCACGGCAUCCCUGCUGGCACUGUGGGAGUAGUCAACUGCGCCGGCCAACAGUUCAUGGAUUUUACUAAAGCUUGGACACCUGGAUUCAAGCAGAACAUUUUGAACUCUAGAGUACGCACAACUCAAACUCUAUCUAAUGCUAUAAAUAAGAGUGUCAACAAACCACAGGUGUUUGUACUCAUCACCGGUGUUGGUGCGUAUGAACCAUCAGACCAUAAGAAGUAUGAUGAGUCCAGCCCCACGACUGGCAAUGACUUCUUCUCAAAGCUACUUGUGGAAUGGGAGAAAGCUGCACAGGUCUCUCCUCCAACAAGACUUGUGAUAAUUCGUUCAGGAGCGGUGCUGGGCCGUGAUGGUGGCAUGAUAAAGAACAUGUUUUUGCCAUUCUUCUUUGGUGUUGGAGGGCCUAUCGGCAAUGGCCAGCAGUACUUACCCUGGAUCCACUUAGAUGACCUAGUGAGGCUUAUUCACUUUGCCAUAGAAAAUCCUGAUGUCAAAGGAAUCCUCAAUGGGGUUGCCCCACAUGUCAUUAGGAAUAUUGAUUUUACAAAAGCAUUUGCCAGAGCCCUCAGCAGGCCAGCCAUAAUCCCGGUCCCAGAGACGAUACUGAACAUAGCAUUGAACCCAGAAAGGGCGAUGAUCAUGACUAAAGGCCAAAAUGUGACGCCUAAGAGAGUGCUGGACUAUGGAUUCAAGUACAAGUAUGACAACAUUGACGCCGCCUGCAAAUCUGUGGCUCACCUUUUCCCGCAGAAACAGCCCUUCAGCGAGAUGUGAAGUUGUUACUUUUAGUUAGUGUAAGUAAACAUUAAAAUAUUUUAUUGAUUGUUAUUGAUUAAGGCAGAUCAUGAUGAUACAGUGCAAUUUUGUUACCGCAAAGCUCUAUAAGUUUCCUUUGAAUAUAUUAGCUAUCUUAAGAUUGAAAAAUGGACUUAUGGAUCCAACUUCAGUGAUGCAUUUUAAAUUUCGUAAUGAAUAAAUACAAAACAUACUUAUGUCAGUACAAGUUGCACGUGGUACCUCUGAAAAAACCAGUGGGGUUAUUAUAUGACUUUGGGCACCAUCACAUUAUAUAAAAUAAUAUAGGUAAAAUCACGGCUGAAAACAUCUAGGGACUGUAAUAAUGUGAAAAAUAUAUUUAAGUUAAAC